UGUUUUCAUCUUGAACAAAAAAAAAUUCAUUUUUACUCUUCUGGAUAUCAUCAUGUGAUAGACAGAUGAUGAUUGUGUGGUGAGCAUUGCAGGUGCGAUAAAACCAUUGUCACACCAGUUUGGAUGGAGAGCUCUUCUGUGGCUGGUCUUGUCCAAUCAUCCUUCUUUUGGGGUUAUGCCUUGAGCUAGUUGCCUGGUGGUUUGGCUUUCCAAGAUUUUUGGCGGCAGGUUUGUCUUUUUUUUUCCCUCUAAGCUCUUCAAAUGCUUUCUUCGUUUUCUCUAAUGCAGAAAAGUGCUUGAGAUUGGUGUAUCUACAUGGUCUUUUGCCACAGCUCUUGUUCCACUACUUGCUGGUUUUAUGCCCGGGUUGAUUUUUUCUCGGAUCUUGAUCCAGUGAUGGCGGCUACUGGAAGAUCAAGCGCUUCGUCAGUCCUCCGCCCUCUCUCUCCUUCCGAUAAAAUCAACCUCCGUUUAAAGAGGCUUUCCACCGCAACCGCCGUUCCGAGGAAGCGAAAGUGUCGGUGCUCUCCCACGUCGUCGCAAACUGGAUCGUCCCGCUGCUCUAUUCACCGCCGAUUAGAAAUCGUGAAGCUACUAGCUAAUUUGAAGCCGAAGCGAAGGAGAUCUACCAGUAUCGCGACGACGACGAGUAGUAGUAGUUCGGGAUCGAAUGAGAAGAAGAUCGGAACCCUAGGUUUGAAGGCGAGGCGAAGGAGGAGCGGUGGUAUCACGACGAGUGAUUCGGGGCUGAAUCUGAGGAAAACGGCUCUGGUGAAUUCGCUCGCGGGGUUGGGGACUGUGGAGGCGGAGCGGUGUAGGAAGUACUUGAAGGAGAGUAUGGCUAAACCGUUGUCUCUCCGGUUCCGUUGCAAGUACCGGCCACGGCCACGACCGAGCCGGUUCUACGCAUUGCAUAAAGAUCAAGAUUAAAUUUUCAUUUUAAUGUUUCUUGCGUUCCAAGGAAGUUAUGUUUUGGUCUUCCUUGGCGCGCACUAAAUCAAAAACUAGGGCUCGAUUUAGUAGUAUUAUCAUAUCAGUUUGUGUUCUUAAUUUUUUUUUUUAUUAUUAGUGAGAAUCAUAAGUCAUAACCUA